CUCUCGCUUCGUCAGCCGCCGCCAGAACAUCAAGGCUCGAGUUUCCAAGGAGCAGCAGCCGCUUCGCACUUCUCUCCCUCCCUCCUUCUUUCUUUCCUUCGGAGAAGCGCCGCCGCUCUCGCUUCGUCCGCCGCCAGAACAUCAAGGCUCGAGUUUCCAAGGAGCAGUAGCCGCUUCGCACUUCUCUCCCUCCCUCCUUCUUUCUCUCCUUCGGAGAAGCGCCGCCGCUCUCGCUUCGUCCGCCGCCAGAACAUCAAGGCUCGAGUUUCCAAGGAGCAGCCGCCGCUUGCGCGCUUCGUCAUUUGUGUUUCCACCUCCGCCUCCAAUCGCAGGCCCUACGUUUUGGAUCUCCAGUGCGUAUCUCAGAUCUGUUUUUGUGAAGAUUGAACGAUGCCUUCGUUCUGGAUCUCAGCGAUUUUCCGGCUUUGCCUUUGGCUGUUUUGAUUUGGACGUUGAUAAUGAAACAACGUUGGACUUGAGAGAUGCGUAGCGUGAUUGGAUCUGUUCCAAUCUCCCCCGCAGCUGGCGUUUGAGCUUCGAUUUGGAGUGGUUGAGCAGUGCAUCCGAGAGCAGGAACUCGAGCUUCGAUUUGCUGCCGUGGGCGACGUGGAGCGAGCCGUAGGGCGUGGUGGCGAUCGCCGACGGCGAAUCGCGGCCGCUGAGCGGCAGGAUUAGGGAUUUCUCGAGGUUGAAGGCGUCGAAUUGGGCAGGGUUUGAUUGGGAGUUGAUGAGGAGAUUCUCGAUCCAUAGCGGCAACGACGCCGCUUAGAGGCGGCACGUUUUCCCAGGCUGCAAAAUGUCGAGUAUAUGCACAUAUUCAACUUACUGCAGCCUGAUCUUGCUCCUGCCUUGUCACACCAAAACGAUGUGCAACGUUUUCUGAAGUAAUACCCAUUGGAAGAAGACAAUCUUGCGCUUGCACCAUUGUUUUCAUCUGGAAAGUGUGUAGUGUUAACAUUUUCCUGUUAAAAUCUCUCUUAAUCGGAGGAAUAACAAGUGCACUAAAUAAGAGAGGAGUGGGGUACUAUUGGGAGGAAUAGUACUGUAGAAAAAAUAGUGCCCAUGGCAUUUUCGUAAUUUUCGUUCCAUUUGUGACUUUUUUCCAAUAUUUGACUCUGCUUAAUAUCUGAUUCACAAAUUUUGGUUUUUCACUUUUACCUUUUCACUCCAUGUUUCUCUGUGAUACGGUUCCGGCAACAAAAAGAAAAGGAGUUCUGCCGUAAGAAUCUCCCCCAAAUUCAACGGUGAAAGUGCAAAGUCUGAUCAAAAUUCAACCAAAAAGCACACUAGAGAAAUCCAUUACUCCAAACAAACGAGACACGUGCUCGUUCACCGACAUUCACUUCUUCAAGAGUUACAUCUCCACGGGCGUAGUGAGCAUUAUCUUGCACUUGAGUGCCCUCACGGUCCGCUUGUCUUUGCUCACAUCGAAUUUGUUUGCUGGAACACUUUUCAUCCAUUAAUUGUACCUUCUAUAUCUUGUUAUGGCAAAAAGAAGAUGUGUGCUUUCAAAGAAGGUUUUAGCUUACCUUAUCCAUCUGCAACUGUUAUUGCUAUGCCAAUAUUUUUGGCCGUGAGUGUUCACCUGCUCUGACUACUCGGUCGAGAAGCUUAAGAGGUGGGCUGCGUGAUUUGGGUUGCCGUUACAUGAUGCGCUAGCACUUGUUGCGAAAUUUGAACUCCGAGAAUUAGGAUAAGGGAAAGUCUGAGUCAGUUAGUACCGGCAAGAAAGAGGAUCUUCUGCGGCGGUGAAUGGCAGCUCAUACAUUGGUGUGGAGAUUCAGUAGCUUUCCGGUGGUAAAAGUAGAGCAACGGCCGCCAUUAACAGCAUCCCCAUAUUCUACUAACCGUGAAAAGGAUAUGCCCCUCUCUCACAAAAGCACCACCACCACCACCACCGUCGCUGCCAACGAUACCACAAGAAAGCUGCCUAUUCUGCUUUUCGACAUUAUGGACACAGUCGUCCGCGAUCCUUUUUACCACGACAUCCCUGCCUUUUUCGGAAUGUCUAUGAAAGAACUUCUAGAAUGCAAGCAUCCUACUGCCUGGCUUGAGUUUGAGAAGGGUCUUAUAAAUGAGGUCGAGCUAGCUCAAAAGUUUUUUAAGGAUGGGAGGCCACUUGAUUUGGAAGGUCUCAAAAGCUGCAUGAGAAGAGGAUAUGCCUACAUUGAAGGAGUUGAAGACUUACUUACUGAUCUAAAGAACAAUGGAUAUGAAAUGCAUACUUCGACUAACUAUCCCAUUUGGUAUGAAAUCAUUGAAGAAAAGCUAAAACUCUCAUCCUACUUAUCUUGGACAUUCUGUUCAUGCACAAUGGGAAAAAGGAAGCCUGAUCCCGACUUCUAUAUGGAUAUGUUGAAGCACUUGAAGGUUGAGCCUACAUGCUGUGUCUUUAUUGAUGACAGCAGGAUGAAAAAUGUUGAGGCUGCGCUUCAUGCUGGCUUCAAUGGUAUCCACUUCAAAACUGCAGAUUCAUUACGAAAGGACCUCUCUAAUCUUGGGAUUCUUUAACACACAGAAAACCCAAAUUUCUAUUGAUUGGUUAUUUCCUUGUUCAAGAUAUGUAGAUUACACAUUCUUUUAGAUUUUCAUGUAAAGCAUACAUGUUCCUCUUUUACGAAACUAAAUGUAUUAUCAUUUUAUUCAAUUUAGUACUAUAGAUGCUGAAAUUUUGGUACAAGAAA